AUGGCAACUUUGGCACAAGGAGAAGAAGAACCCCCACCUUAUAUCCCAGAUAACCGUAACGACGGGGACGACAUACUUCCGCCGUCCAUCUUCGUACUCGACGGCCAAUUCAUCCGCGCCCAAACCGCCGACGGCGCGCCGCUAUACGAGCUCUCUCGGGAUGUUAGGAAGGCCCCGACGAGCGAGGCCCGACUCGCCCAGGUGACGCUCGAGCGGCUGAUCCGCAACGUGAGAAUAAGCACGAACGGCACGCCCCGGGUCACGAGCCGCAGCCGCCACAUCUUCGAGCUCAAGCACCUGCCGCCGGUGAUCUCGACCGGGUUCCCCUACGUGCUGGACGCGAUGUCGCGGCAGUGCGUCGGGAACCUGGCGCUGAAGCCCGCGUCCUUCCCCCGCUCCGGGUACAAGGUGGUCAAGACGAAGCCGGAGAAGGAGAGCGGGUUCCCCAAGGGGUACCAGGCCAGGAGGGAGUCGAUCAAGGGGGACGAGGUGCUGUUCGAGAUCCUGAAGAAGCACGACCACUACGAGUGGAUGCACGCUGCCGACGGGAGCCGCAUCGCGGUGGAGGACGAGAUGGACAACCAGCACAGACUGAUUGUUACGACCCCUAUAACGCGGAAGAUGACGGAUGCCAUGGUGGCUAGCUGGACGUUACGGAUUUGGCGCGACGGGAUGAAGGCGCAUCGUGAGCCGCGGAUAGGGGGCGACAAGGGAAUUGGGUUGGUUCAUGAUGACGGCCUCCGUCCCGAUUAUCGAGAAACCCUAGACUGA